AUGCCCGACAAGAAGAAAGUCUUAGUAACCGGAUUCGGCGGCAGAAUAGGCAAAGUCCUGCGCGACCACCUCGGCGACAAGUACGAGUUCAGCGGCAUCGACCGCAUCCCACUCGAAGGCUUGGACUCCCUCACCGCCGACCUCACCGACCUCGAAGCCAUCGCCCCCGCAUUCGAGGGCAAGGACGUCGUAGUGCAUCUCGCCGCCGAGCCGCGCCACACCCCCGACAUCGGCUGGGACCUGCUCAUGCCCGACAACGUAAUCGCCACCGCCAACGUCUUCGAGGCAGCAAAGCAGGCAGGCGUCAGCCGCAUCAUCUUCUUCAGCUCCAUGCACGUCGUCGGCAUGUACGAGCGCGACCAGCCCUACACCGCCAUCGCCGAAGGCGACUACGGCGACCUCGACCCUGCCACCGUCCCCCUCAUCACCCACGACAUGCCCGACAGACCCGACGGCCCCUACGCCGUCAGCAAGAUAUUCGGCGAAGCCCUCGGUCGCUACUUCGACGAAGACCACGGCAUCAGCGUCAUCUGCAUCCGUUUCGGCACUACCAGUCCCGACGACCGUCCCGGAUCAGACCCCGCAGCUUCGUAA